GCUCGCCGGCCCCGCCCCCUCCCGCGGGCGAGGCGGAAGCGGCGGCAUGAGGCGGUGCGGGGCGGCGCUGCGGCUCGCCAUCGAGGGCAACAUCGCUGUGGGGAAGUCUACGUUCGUGAAGCUCCUCGGAAGGACGUUCCCCGAGUGGCACUUGGUGACUGAACCCGUGGCGCAAUGGCAAAAGGUUCAAGCUACGGGCGCGAAAGAGGCUUCCUCUCCUCAGAGCUUUGGUAACCUGCUUCAGAUGAUCUACCAGGAGCCAUCCCGGUGGUCCUACACCUUCCAGACGUACUCCUGCAUGAGCCGCCUUAAGGCACAGCUGGAGCCGCUUGCGGAGAGGCUGCUGAAGAGCCCGGAGGCUGUGCAGGUUUUUGAGAGAUCUGUGUACAGCGACAGGUACGUCUUUGCGAAAACCCUCUUUGAGGCCGGCCACUUGAAUCCGUUGGAGUGGACCAUUUACCAGGACUGGCACACUUUCCUGCUGCGGGAGCUCGGGGACCGCGUCGCGCUGCACGGCUUCCUCUAUCUCCAGGCAGCUCCGCAGAAAUGCCUGGAGAGGCUGCACCGGAGGGCGAGGUCCGAGGAGAGGGGAAUCCAGCUGGAGUAUCUGCAGCAGCUUCACGCUCAGCACGAGAGCUGGCUGGUGGAGAAAACCACAGAGGUCCACUUCGCAGACGUCAGGAGCGCUUCUGUCCUGGUGCUUGAUGUCAAUCGUGAUUUCGAGCAUGAUGCAGCUGUGCAGGACGUUCUCAUGACCAAGGUGGAGGGGUUCGUCAAGAGGCUGCGAGCCGAAGCUUUGCCGUCGUGCCCGUAACCCUCCUUCAGGAGUUUAACUCUGAGACUUCUUGGACCCUGCAGUAUCGCUUUCCAUCGCAGCCUAAACCGAGCAGUUGGGCGGUUAGUGUUGAGCUCGGAAAGGGGUGCCGUCACCCGCUCCAGCGAGCGACACGUCCCCCGCUAGCUGCCAGCCUGGCCGCGCCGUGGGCGCAGGAGGGGAUGGCGGUGCUGGAGGCUUUCGGGAGGUAGGUGAGGGGAGGCCGCAGCACUCUGAUACUGAAGCGAAACAUGUGUGGGCCUGGGAGAGAAGGGAGUUUUGGAGCAGGGUUGCUUGGAAGAGCUUCUGAAGCGUGCUGAGGCGCUGAGUUGGGUGGGUGCUGCUGAGUCUGGCACUGAAGACUUUGGAUCCUGACACGAAGGACAGGGGACAGAUCAUCUGGGCUCUGCUUCCCAGCUGUCUCCUGCAGUCGUUUUAACCUCUUCCCUGCCUCGGGCAAAGCACAGACAACACAGGAUUUUUUUAAUCCCCCCCAAACCCCCCACCAAAAACAACAAAACUUGCCAAAGCUGCGGUUGUCUGAUGCGCUUUCCGUACUUCGGGCCUGUGAUGUGGCGUGCUCUCAGCGGGUCUGAGAGACUUCCAAGGAAGUCUGAAGGGCCGAAAUCUGGGGUGCUCCCAAAGAUGUAACGCGCGGCGUUUGCACGUCUUGCUCCCGCUUGCAAGUGUUUCCAUGCCGUAACUCUCCCCGCGGAGAGGCAGCCCGUUGCCGUAGGGGCGUAGGCCUGCAGCUCUGGGGAGACCUCGGCCGCCGAGGUGGCGGCAGGACCUGCCCAAAGCCAGGCGGGAGGCGAAGGAGCCUCCUCCGAGCAGCGGAGGUGCCUCUGCAGGGGCGCGGGCGGCUGCUGCGCUUCGUGGGGAGCGCGCUCGCUGCCUGCCAGUCGAAGUAAGGGAUGGGGGGGAGAAUUCGGCUUCCCCAGGGCCGCGAUUUCCCCCACUGCUGUGCUCGAGGGGAGCGUCCGAGCUGCCCACCCUACAGCCUGGAUCCUCCUAACGGAGGGUGACCAAGCGUGCUGCUCGCCCAGCCCCGCAGGAAUGACCGUGGGCCCAGAGACCUCUGCGUCCAUUCCUGCAGCGCGGUACGUGCCGGGAGGCUCGCGUUUCCGUGCCGUGCCUCGGCCCCUGCGUUAGAGCUCCUUCCACAUCUGUUUGCUGGGGAUGUUGGAGGAGCAGAUGCUUUGUAAUGUGAAUUUAAUGCACUGGUUAAAUUCCAAAGGAAAAUUUUUGUGCUUUUAUUUGGCUUGUGUUUAAGUUAUGACAACCCUUUUUUUUCCCUCUUCUCCUCCCUUUAAAUUAAAAACAAAGCAAUAUAAAACUG